AUGUCUGGCCGAGGCAAGGGUGGGAAGGGUCUGGGGAAGGGGGGUGCCAAGCGUCAUCGUAAAGUUCUCCGUGAUAACAUCCAGGGCAUCACCAAGCCUGCUAUCCGCCGCCUGGCCCGGCGUGGUGGAGUGAAGCGUAUUUCUGGUCUCAUCUACGAGGAGACCCGCGGGGUGCUGAAGGUGUUCUUGGAGAAUGUCAUUCGCGACGCUGUCACCUACACCGAGCACGCCAAGCGCAAGACUGUCACCGCUAUGGACGUGGUUUACGCGCUCAAACGCCAGGGACGCACUCUGUAUGGUUUCGGCGGCUAA